AUGCCGAAUCGAUCAGCGCAGGAGUGGAUACGGCUGUCCAUGCGCACCCCGGGCAUCUUUAUCUUCGGGUUGGUCAUGGCUCCCUGUGGAUGGGUUCUUGACCUGACCUCCACUGUGGCCCCAAACUGGAGGACCAUCCAUAACGUCCCCAACAGACCAGCCGAUGAGGUCGUCCAGCAGGGCAUCUGGGACAUCUGCUUAGCUGCAACCACUACCACAAGAACAGUGUGCGGCCAGGAUGACACCACCUACUUCGACAACGAGAUCAUCCCGGUAGCUCAGGGUCUGAUGGUGGCCUCCCUCAUCGUGACUCUAAUCGGGCUGGCCGUGGCCAUCCCGGGUGUCCGGUGCUGGAGAGACAGGCCUAACUGGGUCGUGGCCGGCCUGGGCGGCCUGUUGAUCUUCCUCUCAGGCGUUAUGACCAUCAUACCCAUCGCCUGGUACACCCACAUCCUCACAGAAGUUGCCACGGUGACCCCAGCAGCAGAUGUGCGCGUCGGCUAUUGCAUCAUCCUGGGCUACAUCGGUGGGAUAUUUGAGAUCCUUGGUGGUUUCGUCAUGUUCAUCGGGAUCUGCCGGUGCUGCGGAGGGAAGAACCGAGGGGAGGUACCGGUUGAGGAGGUCAGGAGCAGGUUCAGCCACCAGAAGCCCCCACCAAGACGCGUCGAUGUACCAAGUCUUAACCGGGCACGGAGCAGCGCCAGCAGCAGUGUCCCCUACUCCAAGGACUCCAUGGAUGAUGAUGUAUCCUUCCCCAGAGCCAAGAGCCCAGCAGCCCGGUCAGUCAACACCUCCUACAGCGGCAGACCUUAUGAUGCAGACCUAUGA